CUGUGCUCGGCGGAGCGGAGGGAAGGCGGCGGCGGCAGCAGGGUGCAGCUAGCAGUCUCUGCGGGGAUGGAGAUGGAGAACACUGGCGGACUCCAGGCGUGAACAAGAAGGCGUUUCCGGGGGCGAACGGGCGAGAAUGUUCGAACCCGAACAGGAGUGACGGAGCGGAAUGGUGUCCACCGGCGGUGUCAUCAUGACAACAAUCCCGCACUGAGCCUCUCCACGGCGGGUUGGCAUGGCCCAGUGAUGAACGGAGCGGGUGUGCCCGGUAGCCCGGAGCUCUCCUCCUCAUGCCCACUGCCUGACUGGCGAGAAUUCUGCCAACUUCACGCUCGAGCAUCGGCCGUCGACUUUGCCGACAAGUUCCAGCGCUUCCUGUCGGAGAAUCCUUGCUACGACUCACCUGGUGCUGACACCAGCUUCUCGCAACACUUUGCCAAACAUUUCCUCGAGUGCUUCUCAGCGGCUCUGACCCAAGCCCGGGAGAACCGGACAUCCUCGCCGGGGGAAGACGGAUUGAACGUAGCGCCCAAGUACAGUAUUGUUCCUUUUCUAGGGAUACAAGGCUGCCCCUUGUCUUACAGUCACGACUUGUACCAGAAACGCAAGGACGCUGGGGCUUCCAGCGAAUCUCUGGACAGCAUGGACAGUGGCGGGGGCCGGAUGGAAGGUGGAGGCAGCGCCCCGCCCUGCACCCGGGGUCCUCAACACACCCACAAGGUGUCUGCUUUGGGUCAAUCCAGAAGUUCUGAAGAUGUGUCUGUGAGCCACCCCAAAGCUCGCUUCAAGAAGGGCUUCUCCUUGAGGAACAUGAGCCUGUGUGUGGUCGACGGGGUGAAGGAGAUGUGGCAUCGUCGUGCUUCCCCAGAACCGGACGGUCCAUCUGCAGCUAGAAAGCCUAACGGGAGUGGCGGCGGCGGAGCAGGAGGUGAGGCAGCAGGAGGAGAUAGGUGGUCCCAAAAGCUGCGACUACCCAGAGGCCCCCAGGGCCACAAGACGGAGAUGCUGGAGAUACAGAGGGAAGGAGCGCUGAAGUACAUGGUCGCCGAUGACACGAACUGCAUGGGCGCUGCACAGUGGCAGAAGUGCCGCCUGCUGCUGAAGAAGACCAAGAAAGACGAAGGAGCUGAGAGAUUCCUGCUGGAGUUCUACGUACCACCAAAGUCGUCCAAACCGAAGGUGAGCAUUCCCUUGACGGCCAUCGUGGAGGUGAGGACCACCAUGCCCCUUGAAAUGCCUGACAAAGACAAUACUUUUGUUCUCAAGGUGGAAAACGGGGGCGAAUACAUUCUGGAAACCAUCGACUCUCUGCAGAAAAACUCGUGGGUCGCUGACAUCCAGGACUGCAUAGACCCCGGCGACAGCGGCGACGACAUCGAGCUGGCGUCGUGUCCUCACGGUCAGGCCUCCUCCAAAGACUGCUCCAUGGUGGCCUCCUGCAGCUGUGAGCUGCUCUCUGAGGGUGUGUAUCGAGCUCCAGAGAGGUUAUGUCCUACCGCAGCAGAGCAUUACAGUGCCCCCGCCGUGCGUUGCAGAGAACCACCCUUCACCCAGCAUCCAUCCCACAUGCCUUUGGAGCGCUUCCUCCAGUCCCCAGAGGUCCUGGCCUCCAACUCUGCAGCAGGUGGCAGCGACGAAGCCAAGGACUCUGAGGGCGACGCCAGCCUUGCAGGAUACCCAUGGUUCCACGGAACGCUGUCUCGUGUGCGAGCGGCUCAGCUGGUGUUGGCGGGCGGGGCAAGGAGCCACGGGCUUUUUGUGAUACGGCAAAGUGAGACGCGGCCCGGGGAGUACGUGCUCACCUUCAACUUCCAAGGCAAAGCCAAGCAUCUGCGUUUGUCCGUCAACGACAACGGGCAGUGCCACGUUCACCAUUUGUGGUUCCACACGGUGUCGGACAUGCUGAGACACUUCCACGCUCACCCUAUCCCGCUGGAAUCUGGAGGAUCGGCUGACAUCACGUUGCGCUCCUACGUCCAAGUGCAAAGAAGCGCCCCGGCAGAUGUGACCGUGCCUCCUGUCGUGACCCCGCCCAGAGACGCAGGCUGCCGCCCGGACUCGGCCCAGCUGGCUCUGCACCCUCCCGGGGUCCCCUCCUCGACGGGGCCCCCGCCCGACGCCCCUCUCUCCUCGAGUACCUCAUCGUCGCCCACCGCCCUCCCCUCCCUCUCCCGCAGCGACCCAGGUAUAGGGGGAGGCUUACAGAGCCGCAGCAACAGUUCGGAGCGCCUACUAGAGGCCUCCAGUGGCGCGUCUGAGGACUACCACGAUGCGGACGGAACUCGAAGGGCCCGCGCUGUAGAGAACCAGUACUCUUUCUACUGAAGGCUUAGGUCACGUUCUCCGACAGGCCAAACUGGCUGUGUUGGCGAUGAAAACGGUCCCAAUUUACAGCAUCAGACGCUGUGUUUGUUUUUGUUCCAAUUUCCUGUUUUCUAAUUUAAGAGGCUGAGCGGGAUUAAUCCAUCAGGCUGCGCAGCUGUGUUUCACACUGUCAAAGCGUAACGGGGCGUGACGCGAAGGGUUACAAGUAGGGGAGAGUCACAGUGGGGCUGGAUGGAGGAUGGAAAUAAGAGCGGCGAGGAUGUGUGUGGGCAGAAAGAGCAACAGGAAGUCAUCCCGUACACUCACAUGGCUUUCAUUCACUUCAUCUCACCACUUCCCCUUGACACAAGAAAAUCCAAAAUGACCCUGUCGAUGUUUUUAAAGCUGCUUCGAGUUCCAUCUCGGGUGUUCUUCGCCCUUUUCCUCGUCAUAGCAUCGGCACACAAGUGAUGGCUGUGUUAGCAUUAGUUCAGAGCUCAUGGAGGUCUUAUGCUGCGUUCGAGAAAACUGGAACAACAGAAGCAGUCUUGACGGCAAAACAAAUACUAUUUGGUUCACAUUUUACAGAGUAACUCCUUUUUGAAUCAGCUUGUUUUUAUUGCUUACUCUAUCUAAAUACGCAAAAAAGCCUAUUGCAAUGCGCUUUCCCACCUACAAAAAUUGUAUAUAUAUAUAUAUAUAUAUAAAAUUAUAUAUAUUAUUAUAUAUAUACUUUAGGUCAGGAAAAAACAUGUGAAACAGGCUUGUGGGGAUGAAAUAGCCUCUGUGUUUUUCCUGACCUAACGUAUAUUCCGCUCUACCCCGGUAUUGAGCACUGUAUAAUGGAUAAACCACAGAA